AGAGAAGUAACCGUCAACAAAGAGUGGGCACAGAACUCUCAUGUACGCUGAUAGGCUGCGGUUGGUGAAACAGGCCACUGAUGUCACAAUUGUGUCAGCCAAUAAUGUCUUUUGCUUCUCUAACAGAGUGUGUUAUUUACAUUAGCAUAAGAAAGACAGUGAUAUGAGAAUUAGGAGAAAUACCUUUCAGCACACAAAUGUAAACUAGCUCCUAAGGAACAUUUAAUAGAUGGCAUGCAACGGGUAUAUAGCUUUGAAUCAGUUAUGGCUUGUAUGAUUCCAUGUCUGAUGCCCAAACUAGUGAAAGAGGCCUGUGUAACUGACAACCCCGACCUGACUGUGUUGGCUUAGAAGUAAGUCCCACAGAAUUCAAUUGGUCUUACUUUCAGGAAGCUCCCUCUGCUAGAAGAAUCCAGAUGCUGAUGCAGUUGCCGCCUCAAUUCCAACCUUCCUUUCUCUGUGGUUCUGAAGAGCAUGGAUAUAUUGCUGAUCUACUACCUCUUUGAUUUUCUGUUUGCUAUUGGGCUUGGCUUGCAGUGUGAACGAUGCAGCAGCAAAACCAGUUCCUGCACUGGGGCCCCAUAUCAUUGUCCAGAAUCUGAAAAGGCCUGCCUGAUUCUUACCACAGAGAGUGUUGUUGAGAAUGACCACUGGUUCUCCACAUACAAAGGCUGCACACAAACCAAGAACUGUCCUUCUCUUUCCAUGAGCUUCACGUUUCCUUCUCAACAUAAGCGAAGGUCAGCCAAGUGUUGCCACCAUGAUUUCUGCAAUAAGGGAGGUGUGAAAUUGGAAAAAGUAAAGAAAAAACGAAAUGGACUGAAAUGCCCAGGAUGCUUUUCAAUGGCUCUGGAAUGCCAACCCACACAGAUGGUGGACUGCCAAGGCCAGGAGCGCAAAUGUGUCUACAUGGGUGUGACUGUGGAACAUGAUGAUGAGAUCUACGUGUAUGCUAAACGUGGCUGUGGAACCAAGAAUUCCUGCAUGAAUAAAGAACGCACGUUUGGCAUUCCUGGGCUGUAUGCAGAAAUUUGGAAGAAUAUUACAUGUUCUCAAGCUGCCAAGUGAUUGAUUUAAUGAGCAAGGGGCUAGUCCCUUACAUCCUCAGAACCCUGGCAAAUAGAGCUAAAUUCUACAGAGUUCUAAUUAGCUAGAAAAAUGUGCUCAUUUUUUCUUGAUGGCUGAAUAAAAUCUUGUUGUGCUUCUUUACGACAAUGUUGCUGCGUUACUGAAUGCUUCCUUGGAAUGGUUAAUAUGCUGCCUUUCGGGACUCACCUACAGUUACUUUUUGCAAUCUGGAAAAGUCCAACAUUUUUAUGCCGAAGUGCUCUACAU